GUGGAAAUUUAACUCAUAUCUAAUGCUGGAUUAGCACCACACGUCUGGAAAGUCCUGACUACCUCACCCAAUGACUCUUAGCACUAUGUACCGACAGGACGCUGGCCUUAGCCACUACCGACGCGCAAUGUCGGUCAUUUUGCUCCAAGAUGCCACGACAGACUUGGAUCACACACCGGGGGAUUGAAGCGGCGAGUGACCGGGGAGGUAAGCGCUCGGUCGGCGUAGAUAAGAGCAGACUCCACGCUGACUCCUAGGCUGGAGAGUUCAGUCAGUCCACCGAGCACUCAUGUCUAUGUUGAAUGAAUAAGAGGUGGAUUAUCAGUUCCACUGCCACCCCUUUACUGUGGACCACUGCCAACCAAACAGAGAGCAUGCAUAGAGAGGGAAAACUUCAGGUGCCACAGUGUGUAACAGAAACAGGAAUGAAUAAAAAAUAGAAAUGCAGAUUUUGGCAGAAAGGAGUAACAGCUAUCAACAAACACCCCUCAGUUGGACUCACUUAAAGUAUAAACACUUACAAUUCACACAUUAAUUUCCCUAGUGACCUAAUUCUAAUUCAUCCUCUUCCUUGUGUGUGCAUACUCCUCUAUAGGCCUCAUAAUGAAAUCUUACUUUGCUCUGCAGAUAAACAUUAAUUGCUCACACUCAUCCUCCUGAUAACAAAGCCUUUGCAUUGGUCCCAUGUGUUGUUACAGUGAGCUUUAUCCUUAAAAUAUAAACAGCGUUGCUUUUCCUGUCACUGCUGAAUUCUGAAUCCAUCCAUCUAUUACUGCUGUCACCUCACCAUGACAGUGUUUCUUUAAAUAUCUCUGUUGGAAUAGACAUAAUUAUCACACUGAAUCUCUACUUUUGACACAUUUAGUUCACAACUCGAAGACAAAACAACACAGCUGAACUGAUCUCUGUGUGCAGGUGUGUUGCAGCUCUAUGUUAUUGCAUAAUUUGGCUGUCCAUUAUUGGUAGGAGCAGGACAUACUUCUCCGCUGAUAAAAUUUGAAUACCCAGCAGGGCUGUCAUGAAUCAUGGCGGGGAUUAAAGGCUUUAGUCCUGGUGCCCCCUGAACGGGCAGGCAGCUGUGCAUUCAGGGAUGUAGCAGAAUGCAUUUGCCCCAGAGCGGGGACGUUUAGCAGGGGUCUUCUCGGCUCAUCUGCUUCGUCUGAUGGAGAAAUGUCUCUGCAUAUAUACAUUGUAGGUGGAGGAUUACAAUAGCGUCUGUGUGCAUGUAUAUGAGCUCCAGGUGUGUCCUCUGUAGGUGUGUGAUAGUUUCUCUAAUUCAGAAACUUCUGUUAAAAGACAAACCAGUCGUCCUUUUUGGCUCCAGUGGCUACAGAAAAACACCUGUAAAUAAUUUGUUACUUAAAACUGUUCUAUAAUUUCACUCUAAGCCAUCCAACUGAGCACCAUCUGAGAAAAAAACUAAAGUUACUCCACUGUACCGAGAAGUGGGGCAGCUUCUUCCCCCCAAGGACAUUAAAGAUGGAUUUGUUUGUGGUUCAAGCUUUUCAGGGAGAAACUUUUAUCUUCACAAACAGAGCAGAGUCAGUCCUCUACUAUUCCCACAGCAGCCUUUUAGCUUUAGUGAUAUCUUUGCUGCUGAAUAUCUAUCAUCAGGGGUUAUUUAAAAAGCAUUAUACUCGUCUGAACACAGAGGAAAAGGCCAUGGGCAAACGCUGUUAUUUCAGAGCUUUAGAGCUCAGUGAACUUUGAAAAAAUGUCUCCUUAGUUAUCCUCUUGAACACAAUCUCAGGAGGACCAGUGUUUUAGGCAAAUUCACUUCCCAGAAUUUCAGUAUCUUAAGUUUGUAGACAGCAAAAUAUGUAUAUUUAAGAGCAGGAACGACAACAGUAAGGGUGUCGUUGGAUGACAUUCAUUGGAUGAGUAUGGUGCAGGAUUGCAUUCAGGUCUGGGGAACAGGCAGGCCAGACAAUAGCAUAGCUGAUGGUCUCUAGCCACAUGAGGCAGGAUUUGCUUACGCACCAGAAGGAACCCAGGGACCACUGCACCAGCAUAUGGUCUGACAAUGGUUCGCAGGCUCUCAUUCCUGGAUUUAACAGCAGUCAGGGUACCUUUGGAUAGCACAUGGAGUUCUAAGACAUGCCUCCCCAGACUUUUACUGACCCUCCAUCUCCAGACUCUCUUGUCUGCACUGCAUGCUCUCUAGUGUUGACUGAUUCAUGUUAGCAUCAGAUGUUCCCCAUUAGAGUACCUGCAUUAUAGUGAUCAGGGUCACUACUGUAUUUAGUAUAUUGGCAUGACAUCUGGCAAGAACUGAUAAUGAGAGCAGGCAGCUUUUAUUUGUCAAAAUUAUGUGCUCUUGCAGUCAGUCAGAGGGGUCCAGCUGUUAGCGUUAAUACACAGUAUAUGAUGAAAAAUUGUAGGAGUCAGAGAAAAGCAGGAUACCAUUACUGUAGUUGGUAUAAAGGAAUAAAACUUAGCAAUUUCUCAUCAUAAAUACACCUGAGGUUAUUUCAGCUUUUUUCUGUCCUCUUAGUUCACUUGAGUCGACUUUAAGUCAACUACAGGAAGAAAAUAAAGAGUGAAAAUAAGAGAAGAUUAAGCAACACAUAAAGAGAAAGGUUUCUGCCCACUCCCUGUUCAGCUUGUAUUAUUUAAUAUGUUGCAUGUGUGUAUUUCAAAGACACGCUGACAUUUAAAGCAGACUAUAAUGUUUGUAGGGUGGAGACUUAAGGUGGUGUUAUAAAGAUAGCUUCCGUCAUCACUGUUGUUACACAGGUCACUUGUCAUUUCGUUGUCUGGCUGAGAGAAAAGGUUUGAAAAGUUGAAAUUUAUGCCUGAAACUUUACCCUGACAUGCACUUGAAAUCAGCUUCGCAGACGCAUAAGUGUCUUUAUUUGACAUAGUUUUUUGUACACUGCAUAUUGUGUAUUUGGAUCAUGUAUUAGAGGAAAACUCACCAGUUGCCAGUGGUCUCCAUCUCUCAUGGCAUAAUUGGUCUCUGCUGAUUGCUUAGCACUCUGAUUAAGAAAUUCCAUUAAAAUUGAUGUAUCAUGCUUCCAAGUGCUUUUCACUCUUAGAUAGCUCCUUCAAUCAAGUGAUAAUUACGUACAUGAUUUAUGGCCGGGCUUCAUUUUGGACUAGUUUACAAUAAUUAAAGUGGCACAGCUUUUUUAGUUCACAGUGUGAGAUAUUAGCUUCUUUGUGAGAUAAAUGGAAAAUGUUUUUUUUCUCAUUAGUUCCGACCCAGGGUGAAGAGUCCUCCCUCUCUCCUCCUCUCGUCCAGAGCCUGGCUGUGGUGCCCCUGACAUCCAUCUCCCCAGCAACGUUUCCCACUCCUCCUUAUCCGUAUCCUUAUGCUAGACAGGAUACACAAUCCCACAGGUAUGUUCUUGGUCUUCAGGGUCUCUUCUUGUUUGACUAGACUGGUUGACCCCCAGAGGGAGGCGCCAUAGAGGCAUCCUCAUCAGAUCCAAAACACCUUCACUAGCUUUGCUGUUUGCUUUAUAGUCAUUUGUGAUUUUGGGGCUUUGAGUUUUAUUUUGAUGGGACAGGUUGAGAGUAGACAGGAAACAUGCCUGCUGUCUUUGCUUGUUGAAAUAAAUCUUUGAUGCAUCUGAUUUCAACCUUUCCAUAGAUUUUUUUAGUAGUUUUUAUGACUCCAGCUCUGUUUUAACCCAUUUAAACCGGGACAGCAUAUACGCAUUUCUGCCCUUCAAGCCGGGAGCGCGGAUAGGUCAUUUUGUAACAUUCUGUAGUUUUUCAAUCGUUUCUGGAGUCGUGGUGAAUCAAAUUAUCAUACCUGUCUUCCUCUGACAGGCUAAGAAAGCUAAAAAAAAGCGAUAGGAUUCAUGCUCUGAUUUUGCUACGUGCUUCGUGAGGAAAGUAAACAAUGACAGAGGCAGAGAUGUUUUUCAAUAAUAUGAUGAAGGUUCGGACAAAUGAACGAUAAUCAGCUUGAAAGCCACAUGUAUAAGCUCUCGAAUACUUUUUGAAUUUUGUUUCUAUCUGCUACAGAGGCUGAGAUAUAGGCUUUUUUGUAAACCUCAACACUUCAGAAAACCUCAGGAUCUGGGGGUCCUUCUCAAAAUUGCCCUCAGGAUUUCAGAGGCGUGUCUCAGUCAGGGUUCAGGUCUUAAUGGCUUAAAUAAUUUAGACUAAGUUUUGGGGAUAGAAAAGGGAGCAGCAAUCACUUAAGAUAGAACUUAAAAAAAAAACAACAACACAGAACCAACUGUGACCGAGUUUUCUCUCUCCGUGCUUCCCCGCGUUUGUGUGAAAUUGUUUACCAUGAACAGAUGGCCGGCACGUGAAUUUUACAUACAAUUUUCUGCUUCAGCUUAUUCGCCAACUGUUGUCGUCGUCUCUGCAGGUGUGGAUGGCGAUUCUCCAAAGAUCUCAUUUGCCUGUGAUGAGUUUUUCUAUCCACCAGAGACCAAAGGUAGGGUAUGCUAUGAGAAGCUCAUUACGCUGCGUCCCAGUGAUCGUUUUAUCAUGCCACAGACGAACCGCACAGUGGGAGCGAUUGCAGCCCUAAUGAUUGCUCUUGAGUUAUUUUGAUAAUAGUUCAAACCCAUAAAAGAAUGAUAGUUUUGACCCUGAAACAAUCAGAUUACUUCCACUUUUCUGCCCAUGCAGCAGUCUAUGUUUUCUCGGCUGUGUGAUCUUUGUAUCUGUACUUGUUUUGUGCUGCUGGCCUGAUUUAGUGCUGGUCUGAUAUACAGCGUUAUUAAUUCUGCUUGACUUCUCUGCCUGCCGUUGUUUCUCCUCCUGCAAAGAUCUCACAAUUCUGUCAGCGAGGCAGACCAGGUCCGUCUCUGAGCAAUUACAGAGUUAGAAAUCUGAUCUCAGGUCAGUGAGAGGCAGGAUAACAAAAGUUUGCCCUUGCAUUUUAGCUCGCCGGGUUUUUCUGUUCGUCGUGGCUGCUCUUAACCUGAAGCUUGUUUAUUAUCGGCCCUCAGACGGUGAGCUGGAGCUGUCUGUAGCAAUCAUUCUCAAGGCCUCCUCGUAUAAGGCGCGCUCUCGUGCUAAGGAAAACACAUCUCCUCGUAGCACACAGAGCCCGUCGGACAUGGGUGCCAUCAGCUGGCAGCCGAAUUGCCGCUCUGGAUGUUGAGGAAAGUCUGAGGGUGGUGCUGAAAAAAAGCCUCAAGGGCACGCUGCCACACCUCAUUAGGGGGAAAGUUACAUCUCCCUUUUCAAGCAGUGCAGUAAAUCAUAGAUGAGAGGUGUGAGAAAAUGUGGUACCUUUUUUUUGUAGCUAAAGUUUGUGCUCUUUUAUAAACCUUACAAUGACUUUGGACCUAGCAUUACAACUUUGAGUGCUCUCUCGGACAGCACCAGUAAUCCUGGGUUAUCUGUGGGGACCAGUGUAAAAUUUAGGCAUAGAUUUAUUUCUGAAUGAAUCUAUUGUAGGAGUAUGAUGAAUACUAAGUGCAGGAUUAAAAGACUGAACUGCCUUUUUGUCUGUCAAAAUACCCACAUCUGGUAAUUACAUAGAAUACAGAAAAGUAAUAAUUUUUCAUCUGAAAAGUAGAAAAGGAGGACGGAUUUUGCCUAAGCAUAAUUUUAAUUACUACUUAGUUAUUAAGGAAAAAGUGCAGUCCACUGAUUUGACGUCUAAUGAAUGUAUUGAAAGGCACAGAUUUGCAAACCAUUCAGAACUGAAGUCUAAGUAUAAAAUGAGAAAUCCGCUGAAAUCUUCGAUUUGUCCAUUUUUUUAUUCAGAGUGAAUUUUCAGGAACUUCCUCCGUAGGUGACCAACAGACAUGUAUAUACAAACAACGAGGGGAAAAGCUUCAAUUAGAACAUUUUAAACAUGCAUCAGUGUCACAUAUAUGACCAUAGGGAGUCUGCCUUCUGCAUACCAAAUACAUUUUAUAUCCAUCUGGUGAGCUUGUCAGUUCUGGCUAUCAUUUCCGUCAGAGUAAUGCCCAUAUUUGAUAACACGGACGCUGUAUUUGUGCGUUAAACUAACACAUUACCCAUGAUGGAAAAUGACAAAGUCAUAAUUACAGGUUAUGCACAUAUUUGCCCUAUGCGCCUUACCAAAUGGACAACCCUGCUGCGGAGAGAUAAGACUGAAUAUUAUGUUAAUUCAUAGCCGUGACUCACAGUUACGAGUCAUCUCCCACUGCCACAGUGUUUUUACACCUUAUAAUACAGCAGGAGUAGCUUUAUAUAAUGCUAAGCACUUUUACAGUCUGUGAUUUUCAGCAGUCUCCAUCAUUCCCUCCAUCACAGGGGAGUAUUUGUAAAGACACAAAGUGACAGGGGGGAGUCCGAGCGAAGCGAAGUUCCAGAAAAGGGAUGCAGCUAAUGAUGUGACCUUUGACCCCUGUUUUUCAGCAGCAAAAUCAUCUUUGCUGCUGAGAGUGGGAUCAGCUGAGCAGGUAGGCAAGGUCAGGCUUUCACAAGGCUCCUCUGCUGCCUUUCAUGAGACGACCUGCAGCAUCCACCCAGCCCCACAGACUUAAUGAUGGUAUCUGGCACAUGGACUUCCAUCAGUAUUAAUCCCAUACAUGCACUGCUGGGCUCAGACAGUGGGGACAGUUUGGGGUAAUGGACACUGCAGCAGGUGGAGCAGGACCUGGAAUCAGAAAAAUAAAUCUUCCAAUUGAGAGGCGACCGACUCUAGCACAGCUGGCCCUUAUAGAAAUAUACUAUAUACCUCAUUUGUUUUUUGGGGUGUACAGGGAUUUCAUCUACCCUAUUACACUUCCUCAUUUCACAUUGUCUCCUGCACGCCCCUGCUCUGAUUGAGUCAUGAGGCACCAGCCCAUGGUGGAGAGGAAUAAAAUCCUCAGAGGCUUUCAGACACACACGCAUACACAAUAUGAGUUUUAGCAUGGCGUGUUUUCCAGGCCAUCGAGUCAAAUUUCAGCAAAUGGGACAUGCUGGGACUUUCAGAAGUGCUUUCACUAGGGUGUCUCUUUUUUACUUGAAGUGCCCACAGGGACUGAAGCAUAAACACAUCAUAAGGAAGAGGAGAAGUAUGAAACUACUUCAGCGGUAGUGCUCACACUGAGGGGGAGAGCGGUAGAAUAAGGACGGCACUUCUGUGUUUAAAACUGUUUCAGAAACUGUCAAUUCAGCUUUUACUCACUGGAUGAAACUUCAAUUUUUUUUGGUUUAGACGCCUCAGAGCUGUCUGUAGUGAUUUCAUGAUGUCAUCUGGAUCUGACAAAAAUGCUUUUAAAUUAUUUUUUCUUCUCUGUGCAGUAUCUGAAAAUAUCAAUUCAUAUAGUUUUGGCUGUCUCGCAUCUAAUUAUCAUAUUUUAGCAACUAUAACUAUUAAACCGCUAAGCUGUACUCAGUGAAAGCUGAGUGUAGAGUCAGUGGCAUUGAUAAGAUCAUUUAGGACCUUCAUUGUAGCAGUGAUAUGGUGAUUUUUUCUGAACCCAGAUUUCAGUCUAGGGCUGGGCGAUAAACCAAAAAUUUACCGAUGCCAAAAUUUAUGACAAUAACCAAAGUCAUUUUGCCCAUGUCAGUAUAUUCGUUGUCAAAAAAUAAAUUAAUAAAAGUUGGUUUUGGAUGUGUGUAGGUAGGCUAUAGCCUCAUGUCCCUUUAAGACACUGUCCUACGUCAGAGACGUGACUCCACCCCAUCCAGUCCGUAACAAAGAGGGAACGACAGGUGAGGAGAUAGAGGACGGUUCAGAAGUUGUAGCAGCUGUUAAUGUGGGAGGGGGUGAGCAGUUUGUAGAGUAGUUAUCCUCCAUUUAUUGUUAUUGAGGUGAACUGCUCAAUAUAUCGUGAUAUUGAUUUGAGGCCAUAUCGCCCAGCCCUACUUCAGGCAAUAUCAAAUGCUUUGAUAUGAAAAAAAAUCUUAGGUAACGUUUUACAAUAACCAUAACUUAUAAUUGUUAAAAGACCAUUUAAAAUGGUAAGCAGAUAGUUUAUUAUUGUUUAAGCAUCAUUUAUUAAUAGCAUAUAAACCAUUAAUAAAAAACCAUUAAUAAAUUGUAAAUUUUACAAUUUUAAAAACCUAACCCUAACCGUAACUUUACAAUAACCAUCUAAGUAAUGUCUUUAUCAGUGGUUUAAAAACCAUUUAUUAAUCAUUUACAAAGUGCUACUGACACACAUUUUAAUCUAGAUGUUUUACAACCAAUAUUUAAACCCUAUAUAAAUCUUUAAUAAAUAGUCCAUUCAUAAUUAAUGAAAAUUAUUAAUCAUAAUUUCAUUGCUUGUUUAUGGUAAAGUAACUAUUAACAUUAAUAAACUAUCUAUUUUCCAUUUAUAAUUGGUCUAUAUGCUGUUUUUAAAUGAUGAUUAAAUAUUAAUAAACUAUCUAUUUACCAUUUAAAAUUAUGGUUAUUGUAAAGUGUUACCAAAUCUUUUAUUAACCUGCCGACAAACUCUUCCAAACACUGAAAGUUUAGAAAUUAUUGGAAUUCAACAACAGCCUGUAAAAGGUUAAACAUACUCACUUAAUAUUUAUUUAGAUAUACCUGAGCAGUUUUUCUGUUUUAAACUGUCAUAAAAAAAAUUCCCUCAUGUUGACAGAGCUGAAAAGUGCGUAGCGUCACCAGCCGUCCCUCCAUCCAUCUCUUCAUCCUGAAAUCCUGUCAGCCGUGGUUUGUCUGAGCCCUCUGUUGCCGUCAUUUUCUCUCUAGUGAAGAAGUCUUGCAGCCUGAUGAAAUCACGCAGACGUUUCAGGGCUCACAGUGAAUCUGUCAUGUCAGCUGUCUUAUUUAAAAAUAUCUCCACCUGAGCUUUCCCUCGUACUGCUCGGCCUCUGUGCACGUCAUGCCAGAUUGAUUUUUUUUCACUGUGUGUCUGUGCUCUGCACGUGAAGAGACAUUACGUUACCCGGGCUGACUCUGUAUUAUCAGAGCACUAUUGGAGGAUGUUUAUUUGUUCAAGUUUCUGCUUAAUAUAUCACAAAAAACUACAUUUCCUCUUAUUUGUAAAAGUGAUUUUGACUCACUGUAACAUCAACAAUGAUGCAAACAAGACAAAGCAUAAACUUCCCACUAUACUCGGUUGAAACAAAUGUCCCUCUACUCUCUGAAGUGGCUCGAAAAGAAAUCUGAUUUCCUCUCUUUUUGCCUUCAGGGUCAAGCUGUUGAACAGAGCAGCAGCAGCUUCCUGUCCAGCAUCAGUUCAGAGACACUCUGAUAUUGUGAGCAGCAACAGUCGGUCUGCUGCCUCGCUCCAAAGAUACAUUUAUGAGAUGUGAUUUCUUCGCCUGCUAUGAAAAGUACCAUAAACUUUCCCUACGUUGCUAAUCUGCGAGGGACCGGAUUUCUUCUGCUGAAAUUAAUUUCCCAACAGGGAGUCUUAUCAAAGCACUCAGAUGCACUCUCUUAUCAUCUGCAGUCAGUGGGUCAGCAAGAACAUUAACUCUGAAUUAAUUGUGAGUAUGAGCUGCACAAAGUCAGAUUUAGAUACUGUCUUUGUGCAGGUCAUUGUGGCACGUCUCUUUGCCUCUAUGUUUUAGGGCAUUUUGCACGGCUCUUUAUAAACUUAACUGAGGUUGCAAUCAAAAUUAAUAUCAUCCCAGCUGAUCACACAACUCAACAGUUUUCAUGGUUGUAAACAGAAACAUAAAAGCUGCAGCUUUGAAAGUGUUGAUGAAUUAAUGAUUCUCCAGCAUGGAGAAUGAAACAGGUUGAUAUGAAUAGAGGGCUAGGAAUGCUGUAGAGGUUUCAGAUGAGUAGGUGUUGUUGGCCUUGGGGAGUGAGAGAGAAGGAAGUCCUGAUGACAAACUGAUGAAAAGAGAAACAUCCCUCUACCUACAGCAGUGCUUAUGGUCUCAUGUCCCAUUUAAGAUGCUGUCCUACGUCAGAGACAUGACUCCACCCCAUCCAGUCUGUAACAAAGAGGGAAAGACAGGUGAGGAGAUGGAGGACGGUUCAAAAGUUGUAGCGGCUGGAGCAGCGGCUGAAAAAAAUGUGGUGGGGGUGAGCAGUUUGUAGAGUAGUUAUUGUCCAUUUAUCUUUAUGGAGUUGAACUGCUCAAUAUAUUGUGAUAUUGAUUUGAGGCCAUAUCGCCCAGCGGUAACUUGUAGCUUUCUAAACCAUGAGUAAGUUUGAGAGAAAGGACUGGGGUGGUUGAAGACCUUAUCAUCGCGAAGAGGGGUUACAUUUUCUCAAGAUCUGACCCUUAAUACUGUGAUCUCUUUUCUCUCCUAGAGUCUGUAAAGUUCUGCAUCCUGUUUUUUUUUUUCUCUCCCAUACAUGCUGUGGCGCUCUGUCUCAAAUCACUCAGUGCUUGAAUUUAUCUGAAAAACCACGAAGCAGGUUUGCGUAAUGAACCAUUUUUGCGACACAGCGAAGUCUGUUUCUGAGGGAGAAUGCAAAGUGAGUGUUGGGGAUAAAGCACAGACCUUCAGGUUUCUGCCUUGGGGAAAAAAAGGUAAUAAUCUCAGCACGAUUUAGUCUGUUGAGGUUUUAAGGUCUUUUUUUCCCCCCAAUUUCUCCAGGGCAGCUUGUAUUCCUGCAUACCUGCUCCAUGUAUACAUUAAACUAUAUACAUUUCCAUUUCCUACGAUACAAGUUGGAAUUAUUAGAUUCAGUGUUGCACUAAAACUCAACAAACAAAUGAAUAAAGAAAUCAAAGUGGCAAAAAUCAAUGUCGUAUAAAAGCAGAGUCUCAUUAACAGCACCUUUUAGGUUUUUUUGCUUUAGACUUGUAGCUGUAGGCUAACCUCGGUAAAAAAAAAUAAAACCCAGAUGAAAGGACCUCAUACUUUUCCUCUUCGCCUGGUUUAAUGGAGCGUGUGAGAGUCAAGGUGAGCUGCCCUUGCCCUGGUCCAGGCUCCAUUCAAACGGCCUCCAUAUCCUUUUUCCAAUAGACUCAGUCGAACAAUAAUCACUAAGGCAGAGCAGCUGGAGGAGUUAUUAAAGGAAGACCUUUCCUGAGGGUCGCUUUUACAGCCUGAUUGCCCUCCAUUUGCUCCCAAGAACUCACCUUUUUUUCAUGACCUGCAACAGUUCGCCCUUUUUUUGUCUGAAAUUGAUUUUCAGUAUAAAUGCGGCCCCAAACUUAUUAGAAAUGUUUCCUUUUCCCAGGAGAAUUUCAAGGCUUAACCUAGCUGCCUUCCUGUUGAAUUAGACAUGUGUGGACAUGUUUAACUUCAUGGUCAAGAGUGAAAGUCCAGCUGUCACUCAAACUGUUUGCUUUCUUGUGAAGCUGAUAGAGGCAGACUCUCGAGGCCGGUUGUUUUGGAACUGAUAUUGGUGGGAAUGAAGCCCAGAUUUCACAGAUAUGUGGUCUCACUGUUCGUAGAUUCAAAUCCCAUCCAGAAUUUCCAUCCAGAAAACAUGCAACACUGUGAAACUGCUGUCUGUCACUACUUUGCAUUUAGUGUGGCUCAGAUGGUGAAUUGAAUCAACUUAAACCAAGUCUGGAGUCUAUUAGCCCUGCAAACUGAGCAUUAGCAUGUAGCUCAGAGCAUCAUGGAUGGAGCCAGAGUCCUUUUGAAUGACUGUUAUACACUUUAAGCUGUCAAAUAAUCUUUGUUACGGACUUAUUUAUUCAACAGGUGAACUUUUAAAGUGAACAGAAUCAAAUCACUUCACGUGUUGUCUUUCUUUGCCAAACCCGAACCUCACAUUAGAAAGUGUCUGGGAGAUAUAUGAAGAGGAUCUUUCCUUUUCAAAUGGCUUUAUAUAUUUCUUUCAGCCUGGAUUCAUCUGUGAGGAGUGUAUAUUUACUUACAGCCAACUGCUAUUUAUCACAUUUGGCAUCGUUAGUUGACUCCCAUCAGCCUGUAGAGAGGAGUCACUUCACCGACCAAAGUAUGAGGAUGAAAAAGAUGCAUUUUUCUCAGAACACCUACAACCUGAUUAUUUACCAAAGUGCUUAUUCAGGUAGUUCUGUGUUCCCUGAAAACAAUCUUAAAGAUGAAUCACUCAGCUAGAUUUGUCUGUGGAAAUCUGUAAAUCAGUUCACCUGAAAUCAGCCGGACACAGUCAGGCUUCAGUGUUAAAAGACCUAAUUUCUGUGUUUUUAUUUCACCACUAGAUUAAAUGUCACAGCUAGCAGAGCCCCUCAGUGUACUGUAAACGCUUUUAUAAAAAUAAUACAAGAUAAAUAAUGGUGUUAAAAUAAUUUUAAAAAAUGCUUCUGAUUGCCUAUACUGCUCUCAAUGCUAAAUUUUACAACACAGUUAAAAACAAACAGGGACUGUUUGUUUUGGUUUGAUACGUAGUUAAGGGGAAUAAAAAAAGAUGUGUUAUCAUUUAAAAAAAAUGCUAUUGAUUGCUGAUAUUGCUCUCAAUGCUAAAUUUUACAGCACAGUGGAAAUGGAGUCAAACAGUUUGACUUGGGGCUCCCUCAGCUGGGACUGCAGCUCCACAUCUGCCAAUAGUGUUGACUCCUGUGAGAGCAAACUAACAAAAACCGAUGAAUCUGUGAAGGUCCUCAGGAUAAAGGUGAGCAGCUGUCUCCCAGGACCCCAAGAUGGUGAAAAAGGUGAUUCAUCCUCCCCGGAAGAAGCAAAGGCAGAGGAGGAAACAGGAUGCUCCGAUGUCCCUGCUCCUGCUGCCUCCAAGGCUUUUUUUAAAUUCAGUUUCAGAGGUCGUCUCAGGAGGAGCGUCUCUGAUAGUAAAAAUGAGAAUGACACUCCAGCAGAGUGUAAGAGGGACAAGAAGGAGAAGGGGAAGUUCCCUCAGUGGAUGAGGAGAAACAGAGUCCAGCCAGCCCCUCUCAAAAAUGAGCCAAAACCAAAGAAGAGCGAGCAGCUCAGGAAAUUCCUCAGCAGUCCGUUCUCAAAGGUAAGGACGCUUUUAUUUAUGAAUUAUUUGAUGGUUCAUGAAGGAAGUUUCCUGCACUGGUCCAGACAUGAUGGUUUUGGACAUUUAGAGUUAAUAUUUCUGUACUAAGUGUUUGUCAUUUUUUCACACAAAGAACGAGAAGCUGAAGAAGGAGGAGAAGCAGGAGAAAGAGAAGAAGCAGGAGAAAGAGAAGGCUUCACCUGACAGGAAUGUUCGCUCACCUCCAUUCUGGGUUCAGCUGGUUAGCGGCAGUCAAACCAGACGCUUAAACCUGCAACAUUAAAAUCGGGACCAGCAUACAAGGCUGGCCUGAAAAUGUUCUCUUUGUAAACAAACCAAGAGAUAAAUAAAUGACCAAAAAAGAGCU